CUUCUCUGCUCCUCCUCGUCUUCCCUCACGUCGCUUCUCCGCCGCUUGGAUUGGACCUCACCCCGCCGGCGACGUCACCGGGAAGGACCAAACUGCCCCUACCUCUCGGCCUCUAUAAAUACCGGGCCGCCGCCUGCCUCCAGAAGAUCCUGCCGCAACCGCCAAAAGGUCCCCUCGGAAUCCCCCGCCCGCCCAUUUCGCCGUCGUAAUCGGACUCCCUCCCUCUCUCUCUCUCUCUAUCACGCCGCUGCUGCCUUCUCCGCCCCUCUUAAACCCUAGGCCCGACCCAGUGGACGUCGCUAUGGCGGCUCCGUAGGCGGCAGCGCGGCGCCGCGGAGAUGGACGAGGAUGACCUGGAGGAGGGCGUGGGCGAGAGCUGCUGGCCACACGGGGGCGCCACCGCCAUCGCGCGAGGAGUCUCGGGCGGCGGCGGGUACACCGACGUCCGGAAGGAGAUCUACGACCGCCUCAUGGAGAGUGGCAACGAGGAGGCUACCUCCGACCCCAACUUCAAAGACCAGCUCGACCGCCACUUCGAAAGACUUCCGGCGAGCUAUUCCAUCGAUUUGAACGUCGACAAGGCGGAGGACGUGCUGCUGCACCGCAGGAUUCUCAACGAGUGCGCCGACCCUGACAAGCGGCCGGUCUUCCAUGUCCGUUUCUUGAGGUGCAUCCAGGUUUCGGCGGACUCAGAAGACAAGCCACAAGGUUCGUCUCCGAGGGAAAACGGUAAUUGUGGGGGCUCUCUCACUUCGACUCUCAGAGAUGGUGAAUUCAGAGGAUCUGAGCCAUACGAAAGGAUGAUGGGAGACCUGAGUUUAGAGAGAAGAAAAGGUUUGGAUGACUCUGAGGCCAGUUCUGCAAGGAGAGAUGUGCAAAUCCUCCGUCUUCAUGAAGUUAUUUUUUCUACCAUCGACAAGCCAAAGCUCCUUAGUCAGCUAUCUGCGUUGCUGUCUGAACUUGGAUUGAAUAUUCGUGAAGCUCAUGUUUUCUCAACAACAGAUGGCUUUUGUUUGGACGUGUUUGUUGUUGAUGGCUGGGAUACAGAGGAGACAGAUGGUUUGCUACAAAAUCUCAAGGAGACAGCGGCACGCAAUCAUGCCUCCUUGUCUAAUCCAACAAAUUCCGCAGCCUCAGAGAGAAUACUUGAGCUGCAAGAGAAGAUUGGAGAUUCGGAUUUCGACAGGAGUUUAUUGCAAAUUAAGGAGAAGAUUGCAUCUGGAUCUUCUGGCGACCUAUAUCGAGGAACUUAUCAUGGUGUGGAUGUUGCAAUAAAAUUCCUCAGAACCGAGCAUGUUAACGAUUCUUCAAAGGUGGAGUUUUUACAAGAAAUAAUGAUAUUAAGUGAGGUUAUUCCCAGGAGUGUUAAUCAUGAAAAUGUCGUUCGAUUUUACGGGGCAUGCACAAAGCAGAGGAAGUAUCUCAUUGUUACAGAAUAUAUGCCUGGAGGUAAUCUAUAUGACUUUCUUCACAAGCAAAACAACACUUUGGAGCUCCCCAUGAUUCUUAGGAUUGCUAUUGGCAUCUCAAAGGGGAUGGAUUAUUUGCACCAGAAUAACAUCAUCCAUAGAGACUUGAAGACUGCCAAUUUGCUAAUUGGUUCAACUCAAGUUGUAAAGAUUGCCGACUUUGGUGUCUCAAGGGUAUCUCAAGAGGGAGAGAUGACUGCCGAAACUGGUACCUACAGAUGGAUGGCACCUGAGGUAAUAAACCAUAAGCCUUAUAAUCAUAAGGCAGAUGUCUUCAGCUUUGCUGUUGUUCUAUGGGAAUUGGUCACUUCAAAGAUCCCAUACGAAAAUCUGACACCCUUGCAAGCAGCAUUGGGAGUAAGGCAGGGAAUGCGCUUGGAGAUCCCCUCAUGGGUGCAUCCGGGACUGUCUAAAUUGAUUCGACAGUGCUGGGAUGAAAAUCCUAACGUGCGUCCCUCUUUCUCAGAGAUUACUAUAGAACUGGAAGAUAUAUUACGGCAUGUUCAGAAUAUCCUUCUCUCUUCUCCUGACAGCGAUGCGAUCCUCAAGAUAUCUGAUUUUGGCCUUGCAAGGGUUCUUCGUCCUGGGGAGUAUGCAGACAUAGCUUGUGGUUCUUGUUUGUACAUGGCCCCAGAAGUCAUGCUAUUUCAAAAGUACGAUGAAAAGGUAGAUAUGUGGAGUAUCGGUGCAAUCCUAUUUGAGCUCUUGAAUGGCUAUCCGCCAUUUCGUGGUAGAAGCAAUGUCCAGUUACUUCAAUGCAUAAACACAAGUACAUCUCUUUCGUUCUCGAAACCUUUGUUGUCCAGCUUGCAUCCUGAUUCUGUUAAUAUAUGCACCAGACUACUGUGCGCUAAUCCAGUGAAAAGGCUGUCCUUCCAAGAAUUCUUCAACCACAGCUUCUUCGGAGUAUAAAUGGACUGAGGGAGACAGGGGAGCUCAGCAACAUCAUCUGAAGCUCAGUUUGGUUGGAUUUGUUUGUUGUACUUGAGUGCACGUUAACCUUGGCUGUCAAGCUUCAGGGCUUGUUUCUUAUAAAGCAGGGCUAAUCCCUUUCUGUACACAAAACGAGGAAGGAAUACAUUUGCAUUUUUCUA